UAAAAAUGGUGUUUAUAUCAAAAUUCCUAUUAAAAGCCUCAAAAAAUGUCUUUUUGGACUCACUUACGCUCCGUUUGAAAGGAGGUCACGGCGGAAAUGGCUUGGGAAGAUACGGCGGAGUCGGCGGGCAAGGCGGAGCAGUUGUUUUCAUCGCAAAAGAAAAGGCAACAUUGCGAAAAAUCCUCAAGAAAUAUCCAAGAGGCGAAAUUCGGGCAGGCGAUGGCGAACACAGCAGCAAAUUACGCAUCAUCGGAAGACGAGGACCUGAUGUCAUGGUCGAAACUCCCGUUGGAGUCACGAUAAUUUCGCCGGAAAACGGAAAAGUUUUCGCCGAAUUGAACGAAGAAAAUGCGACUUUUUUGGGAGCUUAUGGCGGCAGCGGCGGAUGCGUUGCUUCCGAUUGGAUCGGCAAAUACGGGCAAGAUUGGAAAUUGACGUUAGAUUUGAAACUCAUCGCGGAUGUCGGGCUUGUGGGGUUUCCAAAUGCGGGAAAAAGUACUUUUUUGAAGGCAAUUUCGAAAGCAAGCCCGAAAAUUGCUUCGUAUCCAUUCACGACAAUUCAACCGAACAUUGGAAUUAUCAACUAUCCGGAUUAUCGUCAAAUUUCUGUGGCGGAUUUGCCGGGAUUGAUUGAAGGAGCGCACGCGAAUAUUGGGAUGGGACACAAAUUUUUGAAACAUGUCGAACGAACGAAACUCCUUUUGCUCAUUUGUGACAUCAACGGAUUCCAACUGAGUCCAAAACACGCAAGAAGAAGUUGUUUGGAAAAUAUUUUCUCGUUGAUGAAAGAAUUGGAAAUGUACAACGAAACUCUCAUGGAUCGCCCUUCAAUUUUACUCAUCAACAAAAUGGAUACAGAAGGCAGCUCCAAAUCAUACGAAAAGCUCAAAGAUCAACUAAAACACAUCGAAGAGACCGUAAAUGACUGUCCCGAGGAGAUUCGCCCAUCAAAAUUGCUCGAAUUCGACAAAAUUCUCCCGAUGGCGGCGAAACAUCGCGAAGGAAUUGACAAAAUUCUCACGGAAAUUCGUCGCUCGUUAGAUCUUGAAGCGGAACGAAAGUUGCUUGAAUUAGAAAAAGCUUCGGUUAGAUGA